AUGGAGUCAGCGGCGGCGGGAUCGGAAUUCCAAAGCAAGCCAAGCGGCGACGCGCCCCUGCACAGCGAAUCCAACGGCACGGGCGCAAUGCAAUACCGGCCCUACGAGUCCGACAUGGAGGAGGCCCAGUACGGAGAGGUGCGCGACGCCAUGGCCGCCGGGGCCGCCUGGGCCAUGAUCCCCACGCCCUACGCCAUGAACCCCCCCAUUCCGCCAAACACGCCAUGGGUGGAGCAGUACAGCCCCAUGCCCGCCUACCAUCCCGGCCCGCCGUACCACCCGCCCUACGGCCAGGAGAUGUACGCCGACAUGGAGGACGAGGCGGCCAACGGAUUCUACAAUUCCCAUCCCAGCGGUGCGAGCUACGACGACGGCUCUGCCUACGCCGAUUACGUGUACCAGAGCCAGGCAGGUUUCGUCGGCGCCAGGCCGAUGACCCCUCCCAUGAUGUCCAUGCCGUCCGCGGCCGCUUACGGCAUGCCCUACAUGGCCGGCUACCAGCAGCCCUUUGGCGUGAAGUCCUUCUCGGGGGGGAAGUGCGCGAGGGGGUAUGACAGCGAGGGGGGCAAGGAGGGCGGCGGCGGCAAGGUGCAGAAGUGGUACCCGCCCAUGCAGCCGUCCAUCUUGGUGGGCAAGGAGGUGGUGGUGCGCCCAGCGGGCUCCGGCGCACACAGCGGGUCGGAGAGGAUCACAGUGCAGAUGACGAGCCUGGAGGACGGAUACAGGUGGGAGGUUCGCCAGCGGUGA